UGAUAAUUUGUUGACUAUUGAAAUGCUUUUCCUCACAAGUUCACAUUCCGAUGUUCAAAGCCCUUUGAAUAUUGGAAGCUCAGUAAGCCAUAAGGUGGUUGGUUUUAGAAUUUUCAGGUUGGAUGAAGAAGAGCAGAAGUGGGAUAAGAUGGAAAGUUUGGGGCAGCAAAUCCUGUUUCUGGGUUUGCGUCAAUCAAUUUCUGCAUCAGCUUCUGAAUUUUAUUGGGGUAAAGGAAAUCUCAUAUUCUAUCCGAGGGGUCUCUCCAUGGGUUCACGUUAUUAUAAUUCUGAUGAUAGACUUAUGUUUGUGUUUGAUUUAGACACCGGUACUGCUAGUCCUUUAGAGAAUUGCCCUACCUACUGUAACUUGUUCUGGCCACCACCUUGGUGGGUAACUUCUCCAGAAUCAGUGAUUUCUUCACCAGAAGUUAUAAGCAACUCUACUUGUUCAUUAACCUCAGCUACACCAGAAAUUGAAUACGAGUAUCCUGAUUCGAAUUUAGAAAUCUCUAGAAGACAGGUUCGAGGCAAAUCUCCUGAAGGAGUGACUUCUGCAGGACAAGAAGUCGGAUCUCCUGGUUCCAAGCGCAGCAAAUCUCCUGAAAGGGUGACUUCCGCAGGGCAAGAGGUCGCAUCUCCAAGUUCAUAGUGCAGCUUCA